AUGUCUGCUGCCGCCCUGAGAGAACACGGCGGGAUCUCACCAACAGGUUCUGGGCGGUCUUCGCCUGUGCCGCGUGCUGCGCGUCGAACUGUCGAAGAUGGGCUCUACAAAGCAGACAAGACUUUGAAGCGUUACGCAGCCACCAUCGAACGAGCGUUGGCAUCUUGGGAGAUCUCACCAGAAGAAUGGGCAGACUACAUUGCCUUCCUGGCACGACUAUUGAAGGCCAUCCAGACUCAUCCGAAGGACGCACCGUUUCUACCUCACAGCAGUAGUAUCGCCACCAGACUUGCACAAUGUCUCAACCCGGCCCUCCCAUCCGGCGUUCACCAAAAGUCGUUGGAAGUGUACACGUACAUCUUCUCGACGUUCGGUAACGAUUACAUCUCAGGGCACCUUCACGAGUUCCUCCCUGGCUUGUCAGCAGUGCUGUCUUUCGCAUCGCUGUCUGUUCGCCCUGCGCUGUACGACUUGCUUGAGAGCCAUGUCGUGUCACUCUCGCCAGUCCAGCUGCGGCCGGCUCUGAAGUCGCUUAUACUCGGCCUGCUACCUGCACUUGAAGAAGAAACCGCCGAGGACUUCGAGAGAGCUUUCAAGAUCUUGCGGAUUCUUGAAUCAACAUUUGUGCCCGAUUCGAACUCCAUUAACUUGGCUCUGGAUCCGGAUGGAUACUUCUGGCAAUGCUUGUUCUUGGCUGUCAUAACGAACCCUUCGAGGCGACAAGGUGCAUUGAACUUUCUCGUUCAGCGACUUCCACCGCUGGGUCCGACCUCCGGAGAGACAGAUGGCGGCAACAAGAGACUGGAAUUAUCAAAAGCUGCCGAAUGCGUGGUCUCCCCAGAGCCAGGGCUCUUGGUGCGCUGCUUUGUCUGUGGCCUCUCGGACUCGCAGAUUUUGAUUCAGCGCGGCUUUCUUGACCUGCUGGUGUCGCACUUGCCGCUGAACUCUCCAGUUCUGCAACAGCUGGUAGGACCCAGUGACUUGGACCGCCUUGUCUCUGCUGCCAUACUGGUGUUGCUUCGCCGAGACAUGAGUUUGAAUCGUAGACUUUGGAGUUGGUUCCUGGGCCCCGAACCGAAAGAACAAGCUACCAACAGUCAGCCCUCGUCACCGGUGCUUCAAAGAACAUCAUCAGGCGACAGCGAGCCAAGCGUGCAAUUGCGUUAUUUCUCCAAAUUUGGGCAAAAUAGUCUCCAGCGAUGCAUUCUCAAAAUGCUUCAGGAACCGGCGCAAGUUCCAUGGCAGAAGGCGAGGCCAUAUCGAAUCUGCUUGUCUCUCAUGGAUCGAUGGGAAAUUGGUGGCUUACUUGUGCCUAAAGUUUUCCUCCCAGCCAUGAAGGACCUCCAUGCAUACAGUACAGUUGCAGAGUCAGCCGAUACUGCCGAAGUUGUCCGCAGCGCCAGUCUCUUCUUCGACGGUGUGGAGGCGAGUCUGAUCUGGAGGUGCCUGAUAGGGACGCUGCACGAGACUGUGCAGCGAGGCCAACCCGCACUACCAGCGCUUGACCUGUUCAACUGGAUUAUCAGCACGUUCAAUGUCAAGGACGAGGAGAUGCUCACAGUUCAUAUCCCUCAGGCCAUGGCGUACUUGAUGUCCUGCCUCGAUUCGAUGGACUUGGAAGCCGGGGCGAGGUCAAAGGUCGUGAGUACACUAUUGGCGCUUCUGGAAUUUGUUCCGGGGCGCAUCUUUCAGACUGGAAGUACAGCAAGCAAGGCUCAGACGGAGACUCAAUUGCAGAUGUCCGCUGAAAGUGUUCGAGCUGCCGUUAUGAACUUCUAUCGGCAGACCAGUCAUGGCAACAAAGAGACCACUGUACUCACUGGAUGGCAAGUUGUCGCCCUGCUUACAUCCAAAACCACACAGCAGCUUUCACGUGCAUUGGAAGACCUGAAUGCGGAGCUUUUCGCCCAACUGACCACACUACUACUUGCACUACGCUCCAAGACUGCUGAAAAUGCUUUGCCCGUCGAUGAAGACGUAGGCAUGGCACUUGCAGCUACCUUCAAGUCAGAGCAGGAGUCUAUCAUACCAUUCUCAAUAUUGCAGUCAAUAAUCGCUCUGGAAUCGUCAUCAACGAAUCGCAAGAUAGAAGGCAAGGGGUACAGCCGAACCGCGCUCGCACACAUCGAAUCCGAGGUGACCUCACAACUGUGGUAUUAUCUCUCACCCGAGCAACCAAAAUACCACGUCGAAGCUGUCAAGACCUUUUGGCAACUCGAUGGUCUUAUAUUUCCCAGCGAUGCAGUGACGUCUUCUUUGAUUGGUCUCUCGAGAAGCAUGCCAGGCUGCGCAGAGUCUGGUGUUACGCGGGCGGAGACCGCCAGACGCUUCACGAUCCUAUGGGAUCAUUCAAUCUCCACGGGCAUCACGAAAGCUGGUGCAGGUCGUCGAGGAAGCGCAAUGUCGGUGUUGCAAGAUUCAAAACAAAUGGCUAGGUCUCAACAAGUGCUUGAGGAGCCGCUUCUGUUGACUCUUGACGCUUUGAAUGAUCCUACUGACCCGGCUUUUGAGGUAGUCAAGAGCUGGCUGCAAGGUCUGUCUAGCCUCGAGCAGGUGUUGCAGAUCUUGUUCAAGCACACGCUGGAGCUGAGUUCAGCCAUCAAGAAGCAGAGCACCGACUCAGUCAGAAAUUGCAGAGAGCGUGUGCUCAAGUUGGACUACAUCUUGGGUCACCUGCAACACAUCGUCGAGCAUGGAAAUCUUUGGACUCGCCGUACGCUCGGCAGAAUAACAAUAUUUCAGGAAGGCAGGCCAGACGGCACCGAAGGACUACUACUACUCGCAGAUACGUGUGUCGCGCUACUCUGCAGUGACUUUCACGCGUCCAAGGCUCUCAACAGGCGCCUAAUCUUCAUUCUCGAAUUACUUCUGUCGGGCCCAAAUGCGGCAGAGCUGAAACAGCUGGACCUUGAUUCGACUUUACUGGACCAGUUGAUGGUAUGCAUCGGCGGUGAGAUGGAAAGCUUACAAGGUGGAAUACUCAGACUUGCCCAGCUUGCCUUGAAGCUGCGACUUGUCCAACCUCCAACUGACCAUGCCGCUGACAACCGACAACGAGGCUCAAUUAGCUCCAAGAGACCUUCGAUCGCUCCUAGCAUGCGUCCGAACUCAAGCGCCUCGUCGCUCACUCUGGCGCCUUCGCCACCACAUCAACUCUUCCGUUGCCUUCGCAUGGGAUUCUCGUCAAAUCGCACGAGGUUCUACUUGGACCAAUGGCUGGCUUUCCUGGGUGACAUACUGCCCUCAUUUGCAGAUGCGCUGUUCACGAACCUGCUGCCUUUAGUUGAGUGCUUCUGUGAACAGCUGGCCAAAGUCCAUGAAGAGAUUGAACAACUGUCACGCAGAUCGCCUACUGUUAACGCGGUUACUCCGGAGUCUGUCGCCAUGAGCUUGCUGGAGGGACUUGAAAUGGUACUCGACCGGGCCUACGAGUGUCUCCUGACCGAGAACGCCCCCGAGCCAACACCCAAGGACAGCGAUAACAAGACCAAUUUCUUGACCAAUGUCGCUUCCGGGGUCUUCAAAGCUGAAGGUCCACCAAGCAGGACCAGCAAAUCGAAUAGCCGCCUCACUGUCAUACUGGCCCUCCAAGAUUCGAUCCGAGCGGCUCUGAGAAUGUGGCUGUGGGCCAGCAAUCCGACAGACGUUUCCGAUUUCGACUCGACGAAUGCAUCAACUACGGCUUAUGUAGCGUUGAGGAAACGCAACAAGACGCGCCAUCUACUCGAGCAGAUCUUCUCUGUCGAGCCUUUGGAGAGCCUGGAAGUGGUAAUAUCACAUUGGAGCAAUGCCAGCAGUGAAGGUGAAGCAUCGACUGCUCUGAGUCUGCUACACGUGAUGUCGGUGUCAAGACCGAAGAAUGUCGUGCCGGCAACUUUGGACGCUCUUUGCUCUCGCACGAACCCGUCGGCUAUUCCUCCUGCGCGCAACUCAAGCCUCACGAUUGACUUGAGCGCGUCUGACACCGCCACGUUUCUGUCGGCAUACCUCGACUCCACUGAGGACGAUGCCAUUGAUGAGCUUUGGCCCGACUGCGUUGCAUUCCUGCGAGAUGUUCUAGCAAAUCCGUUGCCCUAUCGACAAGUCUUGCCACACUUUUUAUCUAUCAUUCUCCUGCUUGCCGAGAAGCUGAACAACACGAACUUUGGGGAGCAAAGAAAGAUGCGUCGAGAUCUUGGCGACAUCUUUCAGAGACUCCUCACCGCGACUUUCACGACUCUACCCUCUGGCUACGUGGCAGACCUGGCAGCAAAUGGUGCUUUGCAGAAUGGCACCCUCAAAAGCAGACGCGCCACAGUAGAGCAUGACAUGGGUCUCGUUGAAGUGCUCAAAAGAGUCAUGUUCAAAUUGGACAUCAUUCUGGAGACGCAGGAACGGAUGGCCUACGCGAUCAACAACAUCACCCAAAGCCUGCUUUCGCCGAUGUUCAAAUCGAAGGCAUUCCCACAAAACAUCAGUAUGGACGCUCUGGCACUGGUUGUGCAGAUGACCCGAAAAGCUCCAGGGGCCAAACCAUGGAAGAAAGAAAUUGCCGAUGCAUUCAACGACCCUAAACUCCUCGCUUCAGCAAUGAGUCUUAUGAGCGAAGGAUGGUUCCCAGUACUGCAUCAAUGGUCUUUGCAUGACAAAGAACGCAUGCCUGAGCUUCUCUCUCGUCUCACGCCGCCAGCGAGUGCUGGCAUUAUGUUCGGAGUCGGAGCCAGUGCAGCCAGACUCGAAGCGGAUCGCAGAACGCAACUCAAUCUACGCAGGUUGUGUGUUCUUCUUCUCGCAUCGCCUGAAGAUACCUAUGUUGCUCAUUUGCGGACUAUCGAAGAGAAGAUUUCCGAGCUCUUCGAGGCCAGUCCUUCUUCCUCACCCUCGGCAGCCAUCAAGGCAGAGCUCUUCAUGUUGUGCCGCACCUUGACACUCUCCGUCAGCAGUGUUCACAUGAGUCCGUUCUGGCCGAUCAUCAACGACAAGCUCGAAGCAGCACUGACAUCCCUUCUCCCAAGCAGCUCAAACAGCAAUGACUUCAACAACCUGUCCAUAUUACAGGCAUGCAAGCUACUCGAUCUGCUCGUCUCCCUCUCGCCAGACGAAUUCCAGCUCCACGAAUGGCUCUACAUCACCGACACCAUCGACGCCGUCUACCAACCAUCCGACUUCUCACCAGUCGCAUUAUCAGAUCAGAUCGCCGAGACCCUUGGCUCAGCCAGCGUCGACAACAACAUGCUCGUUACGCCAACAACGCCUGGUGGCGGAGGGAAGGGGAAGCGGCGGCAGUUGCUCGGUGAAGAUCUUGCUGUAGACAAAGGCGACAUCCAAGCUUUACCGAAGGAGGAAUUUGUAAGAGCGGUGAUUCGCCCUUUCUUGAGCCAGCUGAGUAUGCACUCGUAUGAGGGGGUUUACAGCUUGGAGCAAACGGAUGGGAUGGUGCUCAGGGAGAGCUUGCUGGCGGAUUUGUUGGAUCUGGGGAGUGUGGUGGAAUAG